AUGUCUUCCAAGUCUUCAGAGUGGCAAGUGGAACUGCCUGUUCACCGGUUGGAGCGCAACCUGAUUUUUCUUCCCGGGAUCACUUAUCGUGUUGUUUUUGAUAAGCAAAAGGCUCUUGAUCUGGCUUCGAGAUGGUCCGCUACCGAACGCUCAGAACCUGUUUCGGCAAUUGCCUCGCGCUUUGGUCUUUCUUCUAAGCGUUUGGUUGCCUGUGUGCCUGGCUAUCCAGACUCGGACACAUGCACCGUCUGUGUGGUGAACGGCUUUUACGAGAUGAGCGAGACGACCGUGGUGAGUUUCAAGGGCUUUACGCGGGGCUAUAUUGUGCAAUACGAUGAGGAGACCGUAACUGUUGAGAUUCAGGAGGAAACGCAUGUGGAAAAGCCCGACACGAAAGACAUAAUCCGCUUCUUUGACAACAUAGACGAGUUUCUAACCAACUACAAGGACGAGGGCACGUUGGACCCAGACGACAAGGAGGAACGCUCGCGGCACAUUCUGUUGCGGCUGACGCCUCUUGCAACGCUCUUGAAUGCUCAGCUGUCUGCGUCAGACGUGUCGACAGGCCUGAAACGACUGAGACAAGCGUACGGGCGAAAAUCAGGAGAUUUUGCUCACUACAACGACGUUCUUGUUGCGUUGUUUCCAUUUCCAAUUGAACUGAAGAUUUCGUAUCUGAGGUCCAAAGGAGCGGAACGUAUCGAAGUAUUUAACAAAUGCGUGGCGUUCGCGAACAAGGUGUUUGAAGAACAUCUUAAUACCAGCUAUUUGUCGGAGAUUUGGAGCAGUCUUGAUCACCGGAGCGGCAAGUCGCAGGGCAAUUUGUCGCGCUCGCAGUUUAUCUCAAACCAUCUGCGGAAUUUGCGUCGGUUAGUUGAGGAUAUGGGUCUCACGCGAGCCACAGGCCGUGGCAGCAGAACGGCUGAGGACGAUGACGAAAAUAAGGGCAUCCAGGAUUUUGUCGACUCUUUGGACAAAUACUUGAUCAAUGAGGACGGUAAGAGACUUAUUACGAAAGACUUUCAGAGACUCAAACAGAUGCAGUCCAGUUCCUCGGAUUACCAGGUAUUAAGAGCGUAUCUGGAGAUUAUCAUGGAUCUUCCGUGGCAGCGGCUCGACUCUUUCGUGGAAUCGGUUGAUGUGGACCUUGCGCGUGCGCGAGAGCAACUGGAUGCCGAUCAUUACGGCAUGGAGAGUGCCAAGGAGAGAAUACUAGAGUAUCUGGCAGUGUUGAAUCUGCACAAUCAAAAACAGCCGAGACACGAGCCGGAAUUUGUAUACGGCAGCGGAGACGAGCCUCCAACGAAACAGCGCCCGGCGUCCACCCUGAAAGCGCCAAUCCUGCUUCUCACAGGCCCUCCCGGCGUUGGAAAAACGUCGUUGGCGCGGUCAAUUGCCAGCACUCUGGGGCGAAAGUUCCAGAGGAUCAGUGUUGGUGGACUAAAUGAUUUUGCAGACCUGAAGGGCCACAGAAGAACUUAUGUUGGUGCAAUUCCAGGGCUAAUAGUCCAAGCCCUGCGGCGUUCUCAGUCAAUGAAUCCGGUGAUUUUAUUGGACGAGGUGGACAAGAUCGGUUCCAACUCUCGGAAAGGGGACCCUGAGGCUGCUCUGCUGGAAAUUCUGGACCCUGAACAAAACACCAAUUUCCACGACCACUACAUCGGCUUCCCCAUAGAUCUCUCACAGAUACUGUUUGUGUGCACCUCGAAUGAUCUAUGGCAGCUAAGUGAUCCUUUGCGUGACCGGAUGGAGGUAAUUGAACUUGCAGGAUACAAUUAUAUGGAAAAAGUUGAGAUUUGCAAGAAAUACAUUAUUCCGCGCCAAUUGGAACGUGCAGGACUUGCUAGCGACGCGGUGGCCAUGGACGACGAGACGAUCCUGAAGAUGGCCACGCACUACACCAGCGAGCCGGGAAUUCGAAAUCUUGAACGGCUGAUUGCGGCUAUCUGUCGAGGAAAGGCUGUUGAGACGCAAAUGGGCGAGGCCACCAAAACGGUGACUGUGCACGAUCUCGCAAAAUAUAUUGGCAGUCCGUCGCAUCUUCGUGCUACAGCGGCAGGUGAGACCAAAUUUCAGAAAGGGUACGGCGUGGUCAACGGAUUGUCCUACAACUCUGACGGGUCGGGGUCUCUUUUACGAUUUGAGAUGAUCGGUCUUCCUGGUUCGCAAAAGAUGAACUGCACUGGACGCUUGGGAGAGGUGUUAUUGGAGAGCUCCCAGAUAGCAAAUACUCUUGUUGGAUACCUGCUACACAACAAUUUGGUGGCCGGCACUCAAGAAUUUAGAGACGAACUGCUCAAACGAUACGAGAACACUAGCGUUCAUUUGCACGUUCCCGAAGGUGCAAUCUCGAAAGAUGGGCCUUCGGCGGGAAUCACCAUGACAUUGUGCUUGAUGUCCCUGGUUUUGCGCAAAAAAGUGCCGGAAACGCUUGCCAUGACUGGAGAAAUCACGCUUACCGGCAAAGUGCUCCCAAUCGGAGGAGUGAGAGAAAAACUACUGGGCGCACACCUUGCAGGCAAGGUGAACAAGGUGCUGCUUCCACGGCAGAACCGCAAGGAUGUUAUUGAAGAUUAUAUCUAUAAUCUAAGGAAUAGGGAGCUAGCCAAAGAGCUUUUUGCUAAAUUCCUCGACGAGGAAGAGCAGCUUCUUAAGGAGGGCCGCACGCAAGCCGGAGAGCCUGAAAAAUGGGUCUAUCAGACUUUGGGGCUCGAGAUUGUGUAUGUUGACGACUUCAGUGACGUGCUGGCAAGUGUGUGGGAAGGUGAGGUGCUGCUCACCGGCGGAAUUCGCGAAGCUCGUAUUUAG